AGUUUGAAAGCAUAUUGGAACCUAAAAGCUUAGUAGAAUUUAAAGGCUCAGUUAAAUCUAAAAGUUUAAUGGAACCUGAAAGCCUGAUGGAACUUAAAAGCUCAGUGGAACUUAAAAGUUUUAUAGAACUUGAAAGCUUAGUGAAACCUAGAAGCUUAGUAAGAUCUGAAGAUGUAUUAAUUCAAAAUAGCAAAGUUUAUGAUUCUCUUAAAGCUUUUAAAUAUAUGGCUGACUAA